AUGGAAAUUGGGGGCAUUGCCCUGGGUAUAAUAGGCUGGAUCAUAGCUAUUGUAACCUGUGCUCUGCCUAUGUGGAAGGUCUUGGCUUUUGUUGGAGCACAAGUCAUCUGGGAGGGCAUCUCAGUGACCUGUGUGGUUCAGAGUACUGGACAGAUGCAGUGUAAGAUAUAUGACUCCAUGCUGGCUCUUUCUCAGGACGUUCAGGUGGCCCAUGCUAUGUGCAUCAUCUCCAUGAUCCUUGGUGUGCUGGGUUUAAUGAUCUCCAUCAUGGGUGCAAAGUGCAUCAACUGUAUUGAAAAUGAGGCAUCUAAGGCAAAGGUCAUGAUCAUCUCCAGCUCCUGCUUCAUCUUCUCUGACUUCCUGACAUUUAUCCUGGUGUCCUGGACAUCCAGCCCCAUCAUUCAGAAUUUCUACAACCUGAUGGUGCCAUCCUCUCAGCGCAGGGAGCAUUGCUGUACAUAG